GGGUGUCGGGGAGGAGGGCGCUCCAGACACGCCCCCUGUCCCCAGCAGCCCCCACUCUGCCCGGCGCUGUCCUAGAAGGCCAGACAUUGGCCCGUGGCCACCUGCCAAGUGGGGCCGGGAGCCGGGACCGGGGGAAAGGGCCUCGGCGGCGGCCCGAGGGCCCUCAGAGCCUGCCGCCGCGGCCACUCCCUUAGACUCUGGCCGUGCGGGGACCGGGGGCGCUCUGCCUCCGCCUUAUAAGAAGCCCGGCGCGGGGCCCGCGGCGGGGCCGGAGGCGGGCACGGGGCUCGGGCCGCGCAGGGGCGCCCCCACCAGCGGCGGCGCGGCGACAUGGGCCGCUACUCGGGCAAGACGUGCCGGCUGCUCUUCAUGCUGGUGCUCACCGUCGCCUUCUUCGUGGCCGAGCUGGUCUCGGGCUACGUAGGCAACUCCAUCGCGCUGCUGUCCGACUCCUUCAACAUGCUGUCCGACCUGAUCUCGCUGUGCGUGGGGCUGGGCGCCGGCUACGUGGCGCGGCGACCCCGCGGGGGCCUGGGGGCCACCUACGGCUACGCGCGCGCCGAGGUGCUGGGCGCGCUGAGCAACGCCGUCUUCCUCACGGCGCUCUGCUUCACCAUCGCCGUGGAGGCCGUGCUGCGCCUGGCGCGGCCCGAGCGCAUCGACGACCCCGGGCUGGUGCUCGUCGUGGGCGCGCUGGGGCUGGCCGUCAACGUGCUGGGGCUGCUCAUCUUCCAGGACUGCGCCGCCUGGCUCGCCUGCUGGGGCCCCCGCCGCCGCCCGCCGCCGCCGCCGCGCGAGCAGCCCCAGCCGCCGGCCCGGGGCCGCGCCCCGAGCGCCAUCGGGGGCCCCCGCCGGCCCUCGGCCGCCGCCCGCGGCGUGGCGGCCGCUGCAAGGCAGGACGAGCAGGGGGCGACGGUGUUCUCCAACGUAGCAGGUGAUUCUCUGAACACCCAGAAUGAACCAGAAGAGACUAUGAAAACGGAGAAAAAGUCUGAAGCCCUGAAUAUCAGAGGUGUGCUUUUGCACGUGAUGGGCGAUGCCCUGGGGUCAGUGGUCGUGGUGGUCGCGGCCAUCAUAUUCUACGUGCGUCCCCUGCCCCCUGAGGACCCAUGUAACUGGCAGUGCUACAUCGACCCCAGCCUGACUGUCUUCAUGGUCAUUAUCAUUUUGUCAUCCGCCUUCCCGCUCAUCAAGGAGACCGCUGCCAUCCUGCUGCAGAUGGUCCCCAAAGGCCUGAACAUGGAAGCGCUGAUGAGCCAGCUCUCAGCUGUGCCGGGGAUUAGCAGCAUACAUGAAGUGCACAUCUGGGAACUUAUAAGUGGAAAGAUCAUUGCCACACUGCACAUCAAGUAUCAGAAGGACAGGGGCUAUCAGGACACCAGUAGGAAAAUUCGAGAGAUCUUCCACAGUGCGGGAAUCCACAAUGUGACCAUCCAGUUUGAGCAGGUGGACUUGAAGGACCCCGUGGAACAAAAGGACCUGCUGUUGCUCUGCAGCUCCCCCUGCAUCUCUAAGGGCUGUGAGAAGAAGCUGUGCUGCCCUCCCGGGGCCCUACCCCUGGCGCACGUCAACGGCUGUGCGGAACACAAUGGCUGUACCCCUCUAGACACAACCCCGAGUGAUAGCUUUGCUAGGCAAGAAACAGAAGUGGUUAUUGAAGUAUCUUCAGACAACUGUCUGAGUGACCAUGGACAAGCUCUUAGCAAAACUCAGGAGGACCAACAUUAUGUCAACAGCACACAUUUUUAAUCUGGUCCCCACAUAAACAGACAGAAUAGACGACGCAUUCUGGCUGGUGGAAAGACCUGGGUGGGCUGUAUCAAAUUUGCGGUGUGCUUGCUCUGUGUUCAAAAGGGGCUGGUUGUUUGGGAUGUUAAUUGCAUGUAUCUGUUAAUUUCUCUGU